GCAGCCACCAUGAAGGGCCUCAACCUGCUCUGCUGCUGCGUGGCCUCGCUCCUGCUCCUCGGAACUGCAGAGCUGCACGCCCCCGGCACGGACCAUGUCGGCGGUGCUGCUGAAAGUCCCUUGCCGGUCGCAGAGCCCAGGCUGGAGGAGAAGGCAGCCGAUGGCAGCCCUGAGGAAGACCAAGAUGGUGGCCCUGCCAACGCCUCCGUGCCAGGCACUGCUGAGGAGGAACGAGGCAAGGGGGAGGAAGAGCCGGUGGGUGGCCUGAGCGGGGACCCGGGGCCAGGGGAUGGCCAGCCAGAGGAGACCACCGUGGAGAAGGGCCAGGAGGGGCCCGGCGAGGCGCAGGGCCCAGGGAAGGAUGCCAUGUUGGGCGCCCCUGAGGCAGCACAUCAUGAAGGGAACCGCCAGCCUGGCCCAAAAGAUGGCUUUGGCUUCCGUGCCCAGGAGGAUGAGGAGCCUGGUGCUGAGGAAGGAGCCUCUGAGGACCAAGGGCAGCCUGUGGAGGAGAAAAUGGAGGAGCCAAGAGCAGUGUCUGCUCCCAAGGGGGGAGAGGAAGGGGGUGAGCAGAGCUCAGAGGAAGAUGACGAGCAGGAGGAGUCUGAAGAAGAUGGACGUGAGGGAGAGUCCAAGGAGGAGGGAGAGUCUGAGGAGGAGGGAGAGUCCGAGGAGGAGGGAGAGUCUGAGGAAGAUGGUGCUGGGCGAGCAGGGCUGGAAGAUGCAGCUGAAGGGAGCGACAAGGAAGCGGCCGGUGCUUCUGGCAAAAAUGGCCAUGGCAAAACAGCAGCUGUCGGCAAGAGAGAAGCUGGGCAUGGCCCUGCCAGCUGCCAUCACCCACCCUGCAGGGAUGCAGCAGAAGGCCCCACAGCAGCGGUGGAAGACCUCCCAGCAGCAGAAGACCCACCAGCAGCAGAAGACCCGCCGGCAGUGGUGGAAGACCCACCAGCAGCAGGAGACCCACCAGCAGCAGGAGACCCGCCGGCAGUGGCGGAAGACCCACCAGCAGCAGAAGACCCGCCGGCAGCAGAAGACCCGUCGGCAGUGGUGGAAGACCCGCCGGCAGCAGAAGACCCGCCAGCAGUUGCAGAAGACCCACCAGCAGCAGAAGACCCCCCUGCAGACAAGCCAUCGCUGGCAGAAACAGAGAGCCCCCCUGGCCACGGCGCCCACCCUACUGCCGCCGAGCCCCGGCAUGGCCAGAUAGAAGAGGUUGAAGAUGCCAGUGAGCCGACCAAGCGCGACCGGUCCCACUUAGAGAGCACCCUCAAGCUGAAUGAGGACAAACCUGCCGAUGAUUUCUCAGGAGUACUGCAGCGGCUGAGGAAGAUCUACCACUCCUCCAUCAAGCCCCUGGAACAGUCCUACAGAUAUAAUGAGCUGAGGCAGCAUGAGAUCACAGAUGGGGAGAUCACUUCCAAGCCAAUGGUGCUAUUCCUGGGACCGUGGAGUGUUGGCAAAUCCUCCAUGAUAAACUACCUCCUCGGGCUGGACGACACUCCCUACCAGCUCUACACAGGGGCAGAACCCACCACCUCCGAAUUCACUGUCAUCAUGCACGGCCCCAAGCUGAAGACCAUCGAGGGCAUCGUGAUGGCUGCUGAUAGCGCCCGCUCCUUCUCGCCCCUGGAGAAGUUUGGGCAGAACUUCUUGGAGAAGCUGAUAGGGAUCGAGGUGCCCCACAAACUGCUGGAGCGAGUCACCUUCGUGGACACGCCAGGCAUCAUUGAAAACCGCAAGCAGCAAGAACGAGGUUACCCAUUCAACGACGUGUGCCAGUGGUUCAUUGACAGAGCUGAUCUCAUCUUCGUUGUCUUUGACCCUACAAAGCUGGACGUGGGCUUGGAGCUGGAGAUGCUGUUUCGCCAGCUGAAGGGCCGCGAGUCUCAGAUCCGAAUCAUCUUGAACAAAGCUGACAGCCUGGCUACCCAGGAGCUCAUGAGAGUCUACGGUGCCUUAUUCUGGAGCCUGGCUCCUCUCAUCAAUGUCACAGAGCCACCCAGGGUAUACGUUAGCUCCUUCUGGCCCCACGAGUACCAUCCGGAUACCCACAAAGACCUGUUCCUCAAAGAAGAGAUAUCGCUCCUGGAGGAUCUCAACCAGGUGAUUGAGAACAGGAUGGAAAAUAAGAUCGCCUUCAUACGCCAGCACGCCAUCCGGGUACGCAUCCACGCCCUUCUGGUCGAUCGCUAUCUACAGACCUACAAGGACAAAAUGACCUUCUUUAGCGAUGGAGAACUGGUGUUCAGGGACAUUGUGGAAGAUCCUGACAAGUUCUUUAUCUUUAAGUCCAUCCUGGCAAAGACCAAUGUCAGCAAAUUUGACCUCCCCAACCGUGAGGCUUACAAGGACUUCUUUGGCAUCAACCCCAUCACCAGUUUUAAGCUGCUGUCUCAGCAGUGUUCCUACAUGGGAGGGUGUUUCCUAGAGAAGAUCGAGAAGGCCAUCACUCGCGAGCUUCCCGAUCUCUUGGGAAGCAUCGGCUUGGGGAAGAAGCCCAACGUUCUCUCCUGCGACAUCACUGGCUGUGGUGAAACCCCAAAGAAUCGCUACAGGAAGCCCUAAGGUGUUCUGUAAUAUAACCGUCCACGUGUUCCUACCGGUGAAUGAGCUUAUGUCUUAUCUGUCCAAGAAGCCAUGGUUUGUUAACCCUUCGAGUGCCACACUGGCAAAGGCUACUGUACGAUGAGGACUUUGAGUCAUUGACAUCGAUGGCAGGGGAAGACGGGUGGGCAUAAGAAAGAGAAUAAAAACUGUGAAUUCCUGACA